AUUGCUGUCUGAAUAUUGUCUCAGAGAUGGGGGGCAGUGACAGUUGCCUGGAAACUUCAAUCUGUCCACUCGCAUUUAUUCCAGAUCCCAGUUAUGAGAUAAAGUUUAAUAAAAAUCUUUUCCUCCUCCACCAACCAAAUGAAAUCCAAGCCUUUUGUGAAGAAGUGAACACAAUGAGAAGGGACUGCGGUGGGAAGCUGAUGUUCAACAUGUAUCUCUCAGAUCCAACAGAAAAUCUACUGAAAGACAACAAAGGGACAUCCUGGGGAACAAUAAACACUGGAGCGCAGAAAGGCAGCGGUCAGAUCCAGUUGUGGCAGUUCCUGCUGGAGCUGCUGUCGGACAGCAGCAACAUGUCGUGCAUCGCCUGGGAGGGAACCAACGGCGAGUUCAAGCUCAUCGACCCGGACGAGGUGGCCCGGCGGUGGGGGGAACGCAAGAGCAAACCCAACAUGAACUACGACAAACUGAGCCGAGCUUUGCGCUACUAUUACGACAAGAACAUCAUGACGAAGGUCCACGGGAAACGAUACGCCUACAAGUUCGACUUCCACGGCUUGGCUCAAGUGUGCCAGCCGUCCAGCACGGAGCAGACCAUCUACAAGUUCCAGGGGAACUUCUCCCCGCUUCCUUUCUCCGGGAUUUCCAAACUGAACCUGGUCGCUCCGGGUGUUGGGCCGUCGGGGUUCUCCUACUGGCCCGGUUCGCCGUCGGCAGCACUGUACCACAGCCACAACCUCCAGGCUGCCGGGCCUUUCGGCACCGUGUCUCCGAGUCACAUUAGCUGCGUCAACAACAUCAACACUUUGAGCAACAUCAAUAAUCAUUACAACUGACUCUCAUCGAUAAGCACCCGGUAGUGUAAUGGUGGGAGAUAUUCAAGUAUUGCAGGUAAAAUAUCAUUUUAUUUUUAAAAGUGGCAUCACACUAGUCAAAAACAUAUCCGUAAUAAGACACAUUCAUUAGAUAUUAAUCAUAAACGCCCUACUUUAACUUGAGUCGUUUCUUUAAAGAUAUAAUAUAAAAUCUAAACGGGCAUCAAAUGUGUAUUUCAUACCUGCAUCUGUUUAGUUUUUCAUAUACUUUGUUUUUCAGUGGAAUGAUGGCGCCCUCUUGUGGUCAUUCUGCCUUAAUAAAUGUCUCAUUUAAAGGCCACAACAUUAGGCACACCCGUAAACUCUAAAGAAAGCCAAUACAAGAGCUGCAUUAGAAAAUGGGCCUCAUUUUUGAUUGAGACAGACAGAUAAUGCAUCACAUUAAAUUAAAUAUGAAUGGAAAACUGAAGAUUCUUCUCUCAGUCAAAGAGGAAUUUCUCUUAUUGGAUCUCGUGCAGGUGCAGGUGUACCUAAUGUUUUGACCAGUGAACGUCUAUUAUUGAAUAUAGUACCUGGUAGGCGGUAAUGCUAAAGGGGAGAGCAGCUCAGGUGUUUUUUUUUUUUUUUGUUGUAAUUUAGAUUUAUUCAAUGGAUUCAUUAAAAAGAACACAAAAAAUGUGUUGAAUAUGAAAUGUCUGGUAGUUUAUUUGAGCAAACCAGCGUCUUCUCUUACACAAUUAUUGUCUUUUUAAGUGUCAUUUUAAUGGCUAUGCAAAACAUAUGUUAAAUUCUGAACUGACCACACGCAGUGACAUCACAGAGGAAUAAUAAUAAUAAUAAUAAUAACAAUGACUAUAGUCGCAAUGACCACUUUGAGCCACUUGAGGGCGCUGUAACCACGCACUGCGAGAAAGCCUCUUACGUAACAAGGACACGUUAACAGGACAGAUAUAGACUCAUUUGCAAAUGACAGAUUAACCUCAAAGCUUGUCCACAGCGAUUUAAAAUGAACCAACGAGUGAUUCACUUUCACACAUUCCGCUUAUUCUUCUUCAUUCCACGCUUUCCUGUACUCUGGGACGUUUCAUUUACA